ACCAUGAACCUGUUCAUCUACCGCUGCAAAGCCUUCAUGAAUCAUUUGAAGAACAAGAUCGUUGCAAACCAAAGACGCUUACAGAGUAAAGGUCAAACUGAAGAGCGGGCGACAAGGAGCCCUAUGGGUAAUAUAGUCCAUCGGAUGAACGUGGCUGUGGGCGAGCGCGGGGACAGACUGACUACAGCUGAAGACAAGACUCUGGGGCUGGUGCACGCUGCCCAUCAGCUUGCAGACAAUGCUCACAAGAGAGCAUUAAAAUCCACGAAGUAGAAACGUACAAGAGAGUAAGCGGGUGAUGUCACUGCAUGCUCCAAACUGCUCCGUCAAUGAAUAUUUCUAGAAGAGGAUCACCUGUCAUGGAUUUCUUCUCCUGGGCGGUGAAACGUUAACCUUUGAUGUUCCCUUGAUGCACACAAACCCUCUUUUCAUAGGAUUUGCACAAUACCUAAAUUGGCCCGAGUGUGUGGAUGUGAGUGUGAAUGUUGUCUGUCUAUCUGUGUUGGCC